AUGAUUAGGAAACUGAAACAAGCUACUUUGGAUCACUAUGAGUUGACUUGUAUCUACAAAUCUUAUAUCCGCCCUCUGUUGGAGUAUGGUGCGCCUUUGUGGAACUCUGGCCUCACUAGAGCACAGUUGGCUCAUUUAGAAGGGAAUUCAGAAACGUACAAAGAUGAAAAAGAAAGCAAAUGUAACCUCUCCUCAAAGCUCAUCUGUCCUCGAUGUUGUUUAAGAGCAAGACGAGUUGCUCUUCUAUGGACUCCCUCAAGCAGAUCUGACAAAGUUUUAGUUCAGUUCAUGGAAACCAGGCGGGUUGAGCAUACUCAAGGCCAGGCAAUACAAGGCUUUUUUGGACUAGGUGAAUAUCAUGUGAGAAAUGUUGGGGAUUUUGCUGAGGAGGUGAGCCAGAUGAUCAUAGCACCAGGCGAGGAAUUACGUUCUUAUGACGUGUCUGCCCUCUUCACCAGUGUACCCAAUGAUAAAGCAUUGGUAGUGAUAAAAGAAAGACUAGAAGAGGAUGUUACUUUGAAAGAGAGAACAUCAUUGCAGCCAUGUGACAUCAUUCGGUUGGUGGAUUUUUGUUUGAAGUGCACUUAUUUUUCCUUCCGAAACCAAUUUUACUUACAGAUUCAUGGAGCUGCUAUGGGAUCACCAGUCUCUCCUAUUGUGUGCAACCUCUAUAUGGAGGAGUUCGAAAAGAAAGCUAUUACCUCUGCUCUACAUCCUCCGAGAUGGUGGCGUCGAUAUGUGGAUGACACGAACGCAAUAAUGAAGAAAGAACAUGCGGCGGCGUUCACUACUCACAUCAAUACGGUGGACAGAGACAUCAAAUGGACAACUGAGGGUGAAGUGGAGAUAGACGACACGAAUGGAGGAACUCUGGACAAGGGCACCAACGUGAAAAGAACAUUGAAUUUCUUGGACACUUGGACAGUAUUUAACAAGGAUGGAUCAAUUAAAACCAAAGUGUUCAGAAAAGAUACCCACACUGACCAGUAUUUGAAUUUUGACAGCAACCAUCCACUAGAACACAAACGGGGUGUGGUACGAACAUUACUUAAUAGAGCCAAUAGCAUUGUAAGUGAUGACCAGGACAAAACAUCAAAGGUCAAACACAUCAGGAAAGCCCUAAGAAGGAAUGAUUACCCAGAUUGGUUUUUAAACAGAGAGGUCUCAGAAACACAUUCAAGAGGACGAAGUACAGCUACUUCCUUAGAGGGUUAUGUGAACAGAAGAGAUCAACUAAGGAAAUACCCGGUGGGGAUACCAUAUAUCAAGGGGGUGUCAGAACAGAUUCGUCGAGUAAUGCAAAGUUACGAUGUACCAGUAUUUUUCAAACCGACUAACACACUUAAGACAACAUCUUGUAUGCCCGAAGAACCGGUUAAGUAA